UGCCAGGGCGGCCGCCGUAGCAAUGGGUGCAUGCUCACCAGCGUUUCUCUCUGGCCUGGACGUGGUCCGUGAAGUCUGCGUAGUGGCCGCUGAUGGUGGGGCUGUCGCUUCCCACUGUCCUCGAGGUGCAGAGUGGCAACGCGCGGGGACACAGCGUGGGUAUGGGCCUCCCGCCCACAGCUGGCGCACAGCCAUGAAGGUAGACCUGACCGGGGCACGACCACUGAACCCUGCAGACCCGGCGUCCUGCGGACCCCGCGAGGGGCCCUGCUGGGCGGGUCCGCGGCCCGGAAUGCCCCUUCCCUCGCCUGGAAUCCGGGAGCGGAGGGCUUCUGGGGGCAGGUGGCAGUGCUCCGAUGAGCGCCCUGCCACCCACGAGGGAGCCCUGGGGGCGGCGCCAGCCCUCACAGCUGGGUCUCCUCAUUCGGAGACACAAACACCUGCCUCAGGAUUAAAGCGAGGAACUGUAUUUCAGACCGUCUCAGGAGAAGUAGCAGGAGGCUGCCUCGCUCCUUUGCCUUGCCUGCCAAGGGGAGGACAGGAACGGACCAUGGUCUCCACAUCUGACGUCAACCCUCCAAGCUCCUUCUCUUUACCUGACCUGCAGAGAAGCAUACACGUGGGAGGCAAGGAGACAUUCAGAGAUGAGAGCCCUGGUCAGGGAGGCAGAGGCCUGCCCGAGCCUGUAAUCCCAACGACUUGGGAGGCUGAGGCAGGAGAAUCGCGAGAAUCUGGGAGAUGGAGAUUGCAGUGAGUUGAGAUUGUGCCACUGCAGUCCAGCCUGGGCAACAGCAACACUUCGUCUCAAAAAUAAAAAUAAAUAAAUAAAUAAAUACAAUGAUUUGGCAAGGAGACAUCACAGAGACAAAGAUGAGUACUAUAAAAAUGAUGACUUUAUAAUAACUAGUGUGUAUUAUACACAUAAGAUAUUCUAGGCACUUCGCACACCACCACAUUUGCCUUUUACAGAUCGACUACAAAGAGGUUAAAUAACUUGUCUGAGGUUGAUCACACAGUAAGGUAAGUUCAAAAUUUGAACCCAGCUCUUCAAGACCAGAAUUCACUCACCUAACCACUAAGCAAUGCCGUAAAUUACAGCUUCCAGUGAUCAUUUUGUUGAAUUUCAGCAGUUGAAUCUUCCUCUGAGACAGCAAGUUACGACAUUUUUAUUACAAAUCGCCAUUCUAGGUAAAAUGUUUGUCUUGAUUUACCUGAGUUUCAGCUCAUUCCUUGGAGUUUUCCUAACCACAUCUCAGAUGAAACCUGAGUGAGAACAUGUCCUUCCAGAAAGCCUGCGGCACAAAGUCGCUCCCUGGGCGUGGUCCCCCAGAGGCUGUGUGCUUUCUCCUUUUGACGUCUGCAUCUGUGCAUUGGGCUGUAGACAGCACUGCAAGGCCAAGGACAAAAGCAGCAAUGCAGAUGGAGGCUCCUGGAUAGACGUUUAAAAAAAAAAGAGAGAAGAAAUGUGUUGGCUUGUAUCUGUCAGCUUUAGCAACUGGUUAAAUACUUUGUGCAAUAAAAUAAACUUAAUCAAAUCUCGUAUGUCAUUGAAAUAUCUGCAGGGCUGACUGCUCUUCCC